AGAUUGAUUUCUUGAACAAGUAUGACAUCAAGCCGAACAAUGCAAUUCUUGCCGAGGACAAGCACUUGCCUAUGUAUGAUGAAAUGGCUGCCAUGCCCACUGUUGAAUACAUUGCUGGAGGUGCAACACAAAACUCGAUCAGAGUGGCUCAGUGGAUGCUACCAUUUUCAGGUGCAACAAGUUACAUGGGCUCGGUUGGGAAGGACAAGUAUGGAGCAGAAAUGAAGAAAAAUGCAACGGCUUCUGGCGUCAAUGUUCAUUACUAUGAGGAUGAGACUGCUCCAACAGGGACGUGUGCUGUUUGUGUGCUAGAUGGCGAGAGGUCAUUGGUUGCUAACUUAUCAGCUGCAAACUGCUACAAGGUUGACCAUUUGAAACGACUAGAGAACUGGGCGUUAGUCGAGAAGGCCAAAUUUUACUAUAUUGCUGGAUUCUUUCUCACUGUUUCCCCCGAAUCUAUUCAGCUUGUUGCUGAGCAUGCAGCAGCCAAUAACAAGGUCUUCUCAAUGAACCUUUCAGCACCAUUCAUCUGCGAGUUCUUCAAGGAUCCUCAAGAGAGAGCCUUGCCGUAUAUGGAUUUUGUAUUUGGAAAUGAGACGGAAGCAAGAACCUUCUCAAAAGUACAUGGCUGGGAGACGGAUAAUGUUGAAGAAAUAGCUUUGAAAAUCUCCCAAUGGCCAAAGGCAUCUGGAACACACAAGAGGACUACCGUUAUUACACAGGGUGCUGAUCCUGUCGUUGUUGCUGAGGACGGGAAGGUGAACUUGUUCCCCGUUAUACCAUUGCCAAAAGAGAAACUCGUUGACACCAACGGUGCUGGGGAUGCAUUUGUUGGAGGAUUCUUGUCGCAAUUGGUUCAAGGAAAGCCUAUUGCUGAGUGUGUAAGAGCAGGUUGUUACGCAUCAAACGUUAUCAUCCAGAGGCCAGGUUGCACAUACCCCGAGAAGCCCGAUUUUGCAUGAGAUCAUUCUUAUUUUCUUGGUUUUCCGGUGUUUACGCCUUAAUUGAGAGAACAUUAUAUUCUCGAGUUCUACUGUUUUCAACUCGAUAUUUCUGGGCUUUUGUUCCCAAAUAUCUAGCUUGUUGUAAGGAAUUUUGAUUGCCUCUUUGUGAUAUUAUUGAGAAUAACUCUAUUAGGAAGAUUGAA